AGAGUGGACCCACAGCUCUACUUUCUUUAGUCUACAUUGAGCGCAGAAUGGCGAAAGUCUGCAUUCUCUGAGGAAGAGGCGUAAAUUGAAAGGUCCUCACAGAUAAGACCGGAGAACGGCAGGAAUUUUACUGCAGCUCCCAAACACUACGGGAAAGCGCGGGAAUAUAUUAUUGGAGGGAUUUAUACGAAACGAAACUCAUCAAAGUCCACGUUUUUAAUCAGGAUUUGAGGACCCAGCGCCUAAUCCGACUUCAGAGACGAAAUGUGAAUCUAAAUAACUUCUGUUAAUGAAAGAUUUGAACGAAUAUGAUAUGAUCCAUCCGACUUCGUUCGAGAAGGAAUUUAGAUUGCCCUUUUAAAAUUAUUAACUCUAUAUUUGGAGGCUGUGAGCACAGUCGUUUUGCCCAAAACAUGGUGAUAGAUGUUUUGCGUUCAUUUAAAGUGAGUGUAAAAACGAUGGUUAUCAAGGGUUGAAACGAUCUGUAAGGGGCAUCUCACAAGCCGAACACCAGAGUUAUUUUGCUUUUGAAAGGACAUUUUCAAUGCAUUUCUUCGCAAUGCGUAACGUUACCCUUGCGUAUUUUCCAAAUCCUGCUUGAAAAGGUCCGUCCCAUAGACCAGCCUACUCAACGGGAUGAGAGGAGACUAACGUUCGUUGACAAUUUUAUACAUCACAACUGAAUGUUUUGGCUGGACGGCACGACGACAAGAGGAGCUACAUUAGACCCAUCAUAAAACAAAUAAACAUUUUAAACUUUUAUUUUCAUAACUUCAAAACUAGAGAGCGCACGUUUAGUCUGGAAUACAAGAAUAGAUGAUUUUCAAAAGACUGAGGACGACAUAAAUCUUCCAUCAUGUUCAAAGGGGGCUGCGGGCUGGAGUUCCUGCUGGUUCUCUGUGGUCUGGAGCUUUCCUGGUCUUGCCCACACCACUGUAUCUGCUACACCGCGCCCAGUACUGUCAGCUGCCAGGCACACAACUUCCUGUCCGUCCCCGAAGGCAUUCCCCCGCACAGCGAGCGCAUCUUCCUGCAGAACAACAAGAUCCACCGGCUGCUGCAGGGCCACUUCAGCCCCACCACGGUCACACUGUGGAUCUACUCCAACAACAUUACCUACAUCGAGCCCUCCACCUUCCACGGCUUCGCCCAGCUGGAGGAGCUGGACCUGGGGGACAACCGUCACCUGCGUUCCCUGGCUGCAGACACCUUCCAUGGGCUGGGCCGGCUCCAUGCUCUGCACCUGUACCGCUGUGGGCUCAGUGCGCUGCCCAGUAACAUCUUCCAGGGGCUACGCAACCUGCAGUAUCUCUACCUACAGGAUAAUCACCUGGAGUUCCUGCAGGAUGACAUCUUUGUGGACCUCCACAACCUGAGCCACCUAUUCCUGCAUGGGAACCGUCUGUGGUCGCUGCACCAGAACACCUUCAGGGGGCUGGGGGCCCUGGACCGCCUGCUGCUGCACCACAACCAGCUGCAGUGGGUGGACCGCCUGGCCUUCCACGAUCUGCGUCGCCUCACAACCCUCUACCUGUUCAACAACUCACUGACCGAGCUGUCUGGAGACUGCCUGGCACUGCUGCCUGCCCUGGAGUACCUGCGCCUCAACGACAACCCCUGGGAGUGUGAUUGCAAGGCCCUGUCGCUGUGGGACUGGCUCAAACGCUUCAGAGGUUCUACUUCGUCCGUAGGCUGUCAGGCCCCGGCCGAGGUGGCUGGGAAGGACCUCAAGCAGCUCCGCAAGGAGGACUUCCCCAACUGCUCUGGCUCUGAGUCCCUGCACCAGAGCAAGACCUGGGCCGGGACUGAUAAGGUGUCUCUGAAGAAGGAGCCACACCCGGUGCCACCGCCUCACUCCCACCCCCACCGUCCUCACCACAACGAGUCACCACACUAUCCCUCGCCACCCUCGCCUCUGCCCCAUCCACCCCCGUCCAUAAGCGGGGAGGGCACAGCAUCAGAGGGACAACCUGGGGUGGCGCCCCCUCAGAGGCCAGGCCGCGCUCGGAACUGCACCCGCCAGCGCGUCAGGGGAGGCAAGGGGAAAGGGCAGAAUGAGGUGCAUACCUUAAAGGAGAUAGCCGAUAAGGAGUAUUCCUCGCCCGAUUUUGAAGGGGGCAAAUAUGACCACACGUCCCCGGAUGGCACGGUCACGCGGAGGAAGCAUAAGUGCCCUCCCCGGACCACUGUUCGCCCCCCUAGUGGGGUGCAACAAGCCACCAAUAGGGCCACGUUCUCCCAGCCCUUAAUACAUCUCAAUGCCAUAAUGGGAGCUUUGUUGCCCAUGACCAUUGCCCAUAUUCUCCGCUGACCUAGAGGGAGGGAUAGAUACUGGCUAAACGACAACAGUGCAGUCCUUAGACCUGCUCUAGCUCCUGCACAACAAGGCCUGUGUGUGUGUGUGUACUUUGUGUGUGUGGUUGUGUGUGUAAAACAUUGUGUAGGGAGCUGUUUAGACUCUGAAAUAGACUUUCAAACAUCAACAUCAAAUGUGGGACGGGGAUGUGUGAGGGACGGGGAUGUGUGAGGGACGGGGAUGUGUGAGGGACGGGGAUGUGUGAGGGACGGGGAUGUGUGAGGGACGGGGAUGUGUGAGGGACGGGAAGUGUGAGGGACGGGGAUGUGUGAGGGACGGGGAUGUGUGAGGGACGGGGAUGUGUGAGGGACGGGGAUGUGUGAGGGACGUGGAUGUGUUAGGGACAGGGAGUGAGGAAAGACUAAAGGAAAACACAGAACACGCUUGCACUGCCACUGUUGCCAUUAUGUUCUCAUUUCCUGUCCCAUUUCCGACUCUGCUGAAGCACAGAUAACGAAACUUUUUGGGGGAAAAAGAGAUGGUGAAAUGCAGCAAUUUAGCUAUGAGACAGAUAGGCUCUAAGGAAAACGUGUUGAAGCCAGCUUUAAUUAUCAGUUCACAGUUUGUAAAUCCUUAUUGAGGGGUGAAACAGAAAACAGAUGACGUGGUGAAAGAAACCAUCACAGAGAAGUCUAGCCCAAUCUUGUGUUUCAUAUUAUUUGCCAAAUGUUUUUUAUUACAUUUAUUGCCAAUAGCUGCUUAAUAGAAUUGGGCCACAGAGGAAUUCGAGGGUAUUGCUCAUCAAUAGAGAUAAGCAGGAAGCUGCCCGGUCAUAAAUCAUAAUUCCAUAUCAGAACAGGAAUGUGCAACGCUCACUUCUUAGCAGAAGUAAUGGAAAAGUACAGAAACAGCACUGCAAAGAGCAGCACACACACAGACCAGUCAGCUCCAGCUACAGUAUGAUAACUAGGUCACUUCUGUUCCAUGCUCAGGUAACAUUGACCCCGAGCUACAUAUCUAGGUAUACAUCUUCUGCCUACUUUACAGUAUUUCUACAAUAUUUACAUUCUGCUUUAUUCAUUCCUGCUUCUAAAUGUCCUGCCUUUCUACCUGCUCCAGGUCAUUUUCUACAUGUGCUACUACAUAUUAAGCUAAUAUACCCAAGCUGCUAAUUAUCUGUAUGGAGGUGAGUGGACUGUGGUCCACUCCCAUCUCCUUCAAAACCAGUGUGUGUCCCCACGAGAAGGAAGCUGUGAAUAUUGAUGGAUCUGUCUAUUUCUUGUCUCAAAAUGUUGUUUGUUUGAUUUUGCCAAGACGUAAAGAUUACCUAGAGAUGGAGCCCUAUACAGGGUACAGAGCCUUAGGGGUUAAGGGUCAGAUUGGCUAUUCUCAGUUUCCCAGUGAGGCUUUGGGCUUCGCUGAACAGAACACUCUUCAGUGUGGGCAUCCCCUCCUCAUUGAGAACGUGAGGAACAUUUAUAUUGUCCUAAUCAUUGGACAUCAAAGGAAAACAACUGCCCAACAAGACUAGAGAAAAAACAAAAACAAUAUGUGUACCUUAAAUGACUUCUGUAAUGAAUAAAAGAUUAUAAGAGGGGAAAAAAUGAUUCAAUCGAGCAUGGCAAAACGUGGACCGCUCUCUUGGAAGUAAUAGAACUGCUAAAAUGCCUCUCUACAUUGACUGCUGUUCUUGUCAAUGGAUGUGGGGAACCAAGAGAAAGACAAUCACUUCUAAAGUAGCAGGGGGUUUAACAGGACCAUGGAUAGACAAACGGACAGACAGACUACUGCUGGACUACUAUCCCCUGGACUACAGGAGCUUUUUUGCCUCCGGAAAAUACAACAAUAAGUUGACGAUGUUUGUAAUAAUAAUGAUGUUAACUGUACCAUUAACAAUGACAAGAGGACUAACUAACUGCAGUUCUAAUAUUAAUCAUUUAUUAUGAGAAUAACAAUAUUAAUGACGUCAUCCACAAUGAAAACAGGGUUUCUGCUCCCCUGAUGAGGGGACAAUCUUUCUUUAAAUUCAUGAACCAUUUCAUUUUUUUUGGUUUGCUAAAAGGAACAUUUUGAUUUCCUUUUUUUUGUUACAUCCUGUCAAACCCUUUAUCAGAUAAAAAUGCACAAUUCAGUUCCCCCCUACUGUUCCCCAUCUAUCUCCUGUCUUUGCCAUGAUUGAAGGGUUCAAUAAGUCGUUAUCAAAGAACAACAGUACAAAAUGUUUAUAAAGAUAUUAAAAUCUAUAUCUUCUUAUGUUAAAGAUGACUGUUUGACUGUGUUUAUUUAGUAUUCAGACACAGGCUUCCACAAGGCUGUGCAGUAGGCCCUGGAGAAGCUGGGAGUCAGGCUGGAUCCUCCCUGGUCUUUCUCUUUAUUAGGAAUUUAAAGCUGAAAUUGCCUCUGUCAGCAUGUUUGUCUCUUUCCUCGCUGUUUCCCCCUCAGUAUGUGCACUACUUUUCAAUCUGUCUCCCCUCAUCAGACACUGCUGGCUAAACUGGCUGCUUUCUACAAAUAGAGACAUCUCCCUGGCUCAACGCUUGGCUUGUAUACAUAUGCAACACACACAUCAAUAAGAAAUAGAUUUUAUUUUAGAGAAAUUGACCAAAGAAAGCAGGCCAAAACUAUUACAGUAAGUGUCAUCUAUUGACCAAAAACACAAAAAGAAUCACACAGACUACUGGUCUACAUGCAGACAGAGUUCUGUACAGAGUCAGUGAAACGCAUAGCUCGGUAUGAUACACUGCAGUUCAAUAAAUCAU